GCAUCACUCACACACACACACACACACACACACACACACGGUGGUAGGGACAACUUUUGCAUGGUGCUAGCCUUUUCAGUUAUUUGUCCAGUUUGCAUUUUUAUAUUGCUUGCAAAUUACUGAUGGACCAAUCUGUGUAUCUGUCCGUGCGCCAUGUACGGUGCACAUCUAUUGCGCAUGGUUGUAGCAUUUCCAUUUAUUUCCCAAUAUGCAUUUUUAUAUUGACUCAUAAUUUUCUUAAAACAGAGGUAUGGUCCUCCACCAUCUUAUCCAUAUCUUAAAAUUCCUGGCUUGAAUGCUCCCAUCCCUCCUGGUGCUAGCUUUGGUUAUCAUCCUGGAGGUUGGGGUAAACCUCCUUUUGAUGAAUAUGGGUGUCCUUUAUAUGGAGAUGUCUUUGGGGUCCAACAACAUGAACAGCCUAAUUAUGAGAUGGAGACCUUCACCGGUCAGCCUUGGUGUACCUGAUGCUCAUGGGAGAGAAGCCGUGGACGGAACGGAUCUACAUGGAGACCGAGUUCUACUUCGAGGAGGGCUAUUGGGUGGUGAUCAUUAGUACAUUGAGUGAGCAUUACAGGGAGGCGAGAGAGUCGUACCUGGAAGGGGAACUGGAGCAGAACGGUAGAAAGGGUAAAAAAUUAUCAAUUGAAGAGGCCACAAAGAACAUAGGUGAGAGAAGCGGAGCGUUUUUCCCAAUUCAAUUGCUGUUAUUGUGAAGUUCUGAGAAGUAAAAGAUGGAUUAUGUAUACGCACUGGGAAACACCCAAAUGAUCUAUUACCUACAAUGAACUUUUUCAAUCCUUUCAAGCGGAAUUUAAAGGUUACCCAUGAAAGGCAUGAUGAUAAGAAAAAUGUAAAGAGCCAAGCCCUUCCCAGUGCUGACAAAGAAAUGUGAAGUCGGAUGGACAUUAACGACAAGUGUCGCAAUUGCAGCAGUGAGAAGCAACUGAAAGCUUAGGAUGGAAUAGACCUUACGGAUGAAGGCCCAUUGGAGUGCUGGGUUCUUGGAUAAAGUUGUACGCCGCCACCGGCCUCCAUGUCCGAUUUCUGGUAAGGAGGAGCCUGUUGAUAGGAGCAAACAUUGGGGUGAUUUAGAGGAAGAGGAAGAGGAGGAAGAAGAGGAAGAUGAGGAACAGAUAGAAGAGGAGGAGCUAGAGGUGGGUAUUCAAUCAGUAGACAGCUUGUCAAGUACUCCUACUGGUGUUGAGACCCCUGAUGUUAUUGAUCUGCGGAAGCAGCAGAGAAAGGAGCCCGAGAAGCCUCUCUAUCAAGUUCUUGAAGAAAAAGAAGAAAAGAUUGCUCCUGGAACUUUGCUUGGAACAACCCACACGUAUGUGCUUGGCAGUGGCACACAAGAAAAAUCAGCUGCAAAAGGGUUGAUCUGCUACGUGGCCAAAAAUCGGACAAAGUGGAUGUCACUCUUCAGCCAGAAGAACUGGAUGUUUUGGACAAUGUUGUGGCUGCCAAGUAUGAGGAAGCGAGGGAGGAGGAGAAGUUGUGAAGCCAGCAUGAGGAUUUCUGCGACAUGGUUGCGGAGAAUCAGAAGAAGAGAAAGCGGAAGAUGCAGGAAAAGGAAGGAAAGUCAAAGAAGAAGGAAUUCAAGUUUUAGUGUGUUUUAUAUCUGCAUUUCUCAUAUUUGGAGAAGCCUAGCUUUGUACUAAUGGCCUCAUUGUAGGAAUUCUUGAAAUAGGUUCUCGAUAUGUAUACUUGUAGAUUCGCACUUUCAACCUUCGAAAUUAUUUCUGGGAGAGGGAGCUAUUUUCUGUCCA